UGUUUUGAAAAGGCGCUACGUAGUUUUACUAGCCAUUAGGCCGAAGUCGAUGUCUUUCGCUGGUAGGAAACAAACAAGGCGACUGGCGACGUGUUUAGAGUUGCUCAAUAAUUCCCGUGUUACUCGUUUUAUCUUCUUAUUUCAGCUGUUACAAAUAAAGUAAAAAAUUAUUUGUUGUGUGCUCGCUCAUUUUUACGCUUCUGUCGUCGAACCUGCUGCGGCUAACCAUCGUUCUAGCUAGCGACAAAUCUACCAAAAGGGCUGUUUUAUCGAAAUGAGAGGGGGCUCCUCGUACGGAGACAGGGACAGAGACAGAGAUCGUGGACGAGACAGACCACGGUUUGGAGGGGGCAUGGGUGGCCGCAGCGGACCGCCGCCUAUGAAGUUUGGAAAUCCUGGUGAGCGUCUCCGCAAAAAGAGGUGGAACUUAGAUGAGUUGCCGAAAUUUGAAAAGAACUUCUACACUGAACACGUUGAAGUCCAACGCAUGGGUCAGUAUGAUGUGGAGGAGUUUCGCAGGAAGAAGGAGAUCACCAUCAGAGGCUCUGGCUGUCCAAACCCAGUAACUGCUUUUCAUCAUGCUCAGUUUCCUCAGUAUGUGAUGGAUGUCCUGGUGCAGCAGAACUUCAAGGAGCCCACAGCCAUCCAAGCCCAGGGUUUCCCUGUGGCCUUGAGCGGCAAGGACAUGGUGGGAAUAGCACAGACUGGCUCUGGGAAGACGCUGGCUUACCUCCUUCCUGCUAUCGUACAUAUCAACCACCAGCCCUACCUGGAGAGAGGGGAUGGCCCUAUAUGUCUGGUCCUUGCACCCACCAGAGAGCUGGCUCAGCAGGUCCAGCAGGUUGCCUACGACUACGGCAAGUCCUCCCGCAUCAAGAGCACCUGCGUGUACGGCGGCGCACCCAAAGGCCCACAGAUUCGAGACCUUGAGAGAGGCGUUGAGAUCUGCAUCGCCACGCCGGGUCGCCUCAUUGACUUCCUGGAGGCGGGGAAGACCAACCUGCGCCGCUGCACUUAUUUAGUGCUGGACGAGGCCGACCGCAUGUUGGAUAUGGGCUUUGAGCCGCAGAUUCGCAAGAUUGUUGAACAAAUCAGACCUGACAGACAGACCCUGAUGUGGAGUGCAACGUGGCCAAAGGAGGUUCGGCAGCUUGCCGAGGACUUCUUAAGGGAGUACAUCCAGAUUAACAUUGGCGCUCUGGAGCUCAGUGCCAACCAUAACAUUCUGCAGAUCGUCGAUGUCUGCAUGGAGACCGAAAAAGACAACAAGCUUAUUCAACUGAUGGAGGAGAUAAUGGCUGAGAAGGAGAACAAAACCAUCAUCUUUGUGGAGACCAAAAAACGAUGCGAUGAUCUCACCCGGAGGAUGAGGCGCGAUGGAUGGCCAGCCAUGUGUAUCCAUGGAGACAAGAGCCAGCCAGAAAGAGACUGGGUUCUCACUGAAUUCAGGAGCGGCAAGGCCCCUAUCCUGAUCGCGACAGAUGUUGCCUCUCGGGGUCUGGAUGUGGAAGACGUAAAGUUCGUCAUCAACUAUGACUAUCCCAGCUCCUCUGAGGAUUAUGUCCAUCGUAUUGGGCGCACGGCCCGCAGUACCAAUAAGGGCACCGCCUACACCUUCUUCACCCCGGGAAACCUGCGACAGGCCAGAGACCUGGUCCGGGUCCUGGAGGAAGCCCGGCAGGCUAUAAACCCAAAACUGCUCCAGCUGGUGGACUCCAGCCGCGGGGGUGGAGGCGGUGGCAGGAUGCGUUACCGUGGCGGCAACUCCAACAACCCUAACCUAAUGUAUCAAGACGAGUGCGAUCGGCGCAUGCGCUCCGGCGGAGGCGGCAAAGACAGCCGCGGGGGCUUCAACCGCGACGGCCGCAACAACCGCGACGACGACCGCUCCUCGUCGUCGUCCUACAGAGACAGAAACCGAGAUCACAGGAACAACUACAACGCCGGCUCGGAUCAGUACCAGAACUACAACAGCAACAACGGCGGAGGCUACAACACCCGCGGCGGAGCCCCGACCGGCGGCGGUCAGGAGCAACCCAACCAGCCGCAGGGCCAGUUCGGCCAGGGCCCUCCUCCACCCCCUCCGCCGUCAGGCGCCCCGCAGCCGUUGAUGGCACAGCAGUUUCCCCCGCCGCCGCAGCCCCCACUUAUGGGCUUCAUGGGGCAGCCGCCUUUCCCUCCUUUCCCCGCUGCCCCCCCUCCACCGCCAGGCCCACAACCACCCCGUAAAUAGUUAUAAUUAACAUGUACUGGGUAAAUUUGUUCAAGUGUUUGUAACUCAGUUUUAUUGUUGUGGUCUCCCAAACAGUGUUAUAUCCAAUGAGGUAAGGGCUUGUACUUUCACACGAAUUUUAAAGAAAAUUUGUUUUAAGGACCCCAAAUAAUUAAAUUUCCCCAACCGAGUAUUGUGGAGGAGGAAAAGGGAUUUAUCUCUCUCUUUUUUUAUUUUAUAUUUUAUAUUUUUUCCUUCACCAGCCAAACUUUAGGAGUUAGAGAGACAGUCACAUUCCAAACACCUCCUUAAUCUUUGUACUUGUUCAACUCGACUUAUUCAGUUUGAAAUAGGUGGCUUUUGUUUAUAACUUCAAUUACAGCUUCACUGUACCCGUUUCUGAUCUUCUCUUCACUGGUUUUGGCAAUGACCACUUUUAGAUAACUUUUAUUUUGCCUUUUUAUUAUGUAUUGUGUUAGAUUUAGGUACAUUUAAUCAUGCAUGCCUCCACAUGUUCCCUUUGUGUAGCAAGUCAGAAGUGAAGUAGUGUUUUGAGCUUUAACUAAAAACAUAUUGUUGCCUGUUUUCUGUCAACGAUGCUCUUUUUACAGUGUUUUCCUAAAUAAACAAAUUAAAUCAA